UCGUGCGGGUGGUUUAGUACCAUCUCGGAAGCGCGGGAAAAGAGCCUGGCUUACCUGGGCUUUUCUCGCGCUUGGGGCCGCUGCAUCGGGCCAACUGUCUCAGCACGAGAUGCCAGUCCAUCACAUGGGUUAACCUGCUAUCUGGCGUCCAAGGGCAGGAGCUUUGAGGAAGUAGUUAGCCGUGGAUGGCUUGUAGAGGCCAGUUCAUUUCCUGUCCUGGUCCAAGGUGGAUCUCUCAGUCCUGACUCCCACAUCUUCUACUGUGGUUAAGAGAGUGUGGAGACCCAUCGAGGGCACUUCUCCCAGCAAAGAUCCAGGGCAUACGCUGCAACCUUCCUCUGGAAAAACAGCAGCCAUCCUUUCCCUCUCAUCAUCAUCAGCAAGCAGAACAGGCUGCCACAACAAGGAAAUAUGGCAUCAACACAGGACGUUGCUGACCAGCCCUGCUCACUGGUUGGGUGAGUCACGAAUAUUACUGGGGCCCAUGGCGCUUCCACCAGCAAGCAUAGUGCCCCUGAAUCUGCCUCGAGUGCCAAGGUACAUGCAGAACCCUUCAAGGCCAAAAAGGCCCAGAAUUCUCAGGAUAACAGCUCAAACAACCAGGCUGCAUGCAGGGCCAAGGACAUGGGACAAGAGGAGCUGAUGCAAGGGCCCAGCUUGCCUGGAGAGCAAACAUCUGAGGGGCCCUGACACUACAACGCAAAAGGUUCUCCUAUGAUGUCACCCAAAGGAUUUGUCUGAAAAUGAACUGGCCUCUAUAAGCCAGCGACAGCUAAUUACUUCCUCAAAGCUACAGAGCAUUUCCUGUCCUUGGACACCAGAUGGCAGGUUAAUCCAUGUGAUGGACUGGUAUCCAGUAAAAUCAUCUUUCACGUGAGAACCAAACAUUCAUUCUCAGCUUCAGACCUUCAGCUGCAAUAUGGUCUGAAGGCACAUGAGGCCAGCUCCCAGGUCUGCUCAGUGCCUGGAUGGGAGACCACCUGGGAACCAUAUGAGCUGCCUUUAGUAUGAAUCCUUAUGGCAAGAGAGAAGGAAGAAAGCAGUCUUUAGCCAGCUUUGGCUUUCCCUGUUCUUCCCAUCAGCUGAAAGCAUCCCCAUCAGAGCAGCAUAGCACUGAGGAGAAAUCUGCCAGGGUCAAACGCCGACGAACAAGACGAGAGCGUAACUAUGUCAAAUUUGGCAGAAACGUUACGGAUAGGGUCCCAGAACAAAGACUCAACUGCAGGACCCUACAGAAGGCAUUGCCUCCUUUCUGGAGUUCCCAGUUUAGCAACUGUGCUAAGUCAACUCCUAUCCGACCCAUCAAAGGGACCUGUGUUGCAAAACCUGUGAUUAUAACACAGAACAGACUGUCACAGCACCUGGGCAUGUUUAACAGGGAGGUGAAAUCAGCUGACAUAGAGAGACUGGUGAGCCCCAGAACUCAGCAAGAGGUUAUGGAGAUUACCCCUAUACAAAGAGACAGUAGAGUGGAGAUGCUACAGGAAGAAGAGGUCCAUUCCUGUAAAUCCUGUGAUGCUGAUCAGAAAUCUAUUCCCAGCGAGCAAUUAGGAUGCAAUGUAAAGGAUCCAUGUGGAGUGAACAAGGACUCCUUUCUUACAGUAGUCCCGGCUGUCCCUACACUGAUUAUAGAACAUUCUGUCACCACUCUACCUGCAAUAGAUGCAGGAUCCCAACCUUUAGCUGCACCUGCCAUUCUGGAGUUCAGUCAAGAGUCUGCAGGAACUGAAGCUUUUCAAAGCAAUGUCUUGAUGGCUUUAAAUGAAAAGGAAAAUGUGCCCCCUGUCCCUGCAGCAGAAACUGAUUCGGGCAAAGGCAAAAAUCCAGCAAAGGAACUAGCCCAGGACCUGCAAAAACUCCUGGAUCUCAAGGCAAUAUUCCCUGGGCGUAACUUAGUCAGUGAAACACGUCAGGCUAUUAUCAGUAUUGUGCUGGAACAGAAGAAGUUAUUACCAGAUUUUUCUGCUUUGGUGGUGCUCAAGAAGUUAGCUUGCAACAGCGACAUCACCCAUGCAGAUUUCAGGAGCCCACCUGACAGGAAGCAAGAAGAGUUGCAGUUGGAACAGAAAUCUAGCGAUGGCAGCAGAAACUCUAACCAGGGGGUUUCUCUGAAAAAUAGGAGAGGACGAGAACAGUGCUUUCCUAGCAGCCUCUCUCCCUGUCCUAUGCAUACAGCUAUAAAAAUGGCAGACAAGAAGCCCACCCAAAGAGAAAACUUCAAAUCCUUUGCUGAGCCAGAGGUGUUUGACCAACACAACUUUUACUUGGCAGCAGUUCAGCCCCGCCCUCAUCUUUCAUCUAUAUCUGCCCAGCAUGUGAACUUAGCCAAAAGUUCAUUUGCUUCAGAGGAUCAGCGUCCACUGCAUGACACUUUAUUCAGAACUGCUCGGCAUUGGGAGCAAGGACUGGGGGAAGCCUUCUGCGAGUCCAGAAUCAGGCAAGAGAGGUCUGAAAUAGCCAAUAGAGUACUGCCAAGGAAGAAUAUUUCCAAAAGGUAUUGCCUACCUUUUGUUACCCAUGAUUCUUUAGGUUCAGGCAACCUUAGCAUGAAUGGUAAAGGCUCUGGGCAUUUCAUCUUAACUGAUCCCCAGCAGAAUACCUGUGUCUAUGAACUAAGCCCAGAUCGAUGGAAUUUACGAGAGACUGAACCUGUUCCAGUCCAUAGCCUGCAUCCUGCACAGGAGCUGUGCAGUUCCCAGCUUCUAGAUUUGGGGCUCAGGCCCACAGAGAGAACUGCCUCUGAGUCUCAGACCUCCUUUGAUGUCUUAAAAAGUAUCUGGAGUCCUAAAGUGCCCAGCAAGGGAGCCAAGCUUCCUGUGUCCCGAGCCCUUGACUACCCUCCUUUGGUGCACCAGCCACCCUCUUGCAGAGAAUUGACCUCAGACCAUGGGCAGCCAAAGGAAUUUCUUCAGCUGUAUAGCAUCAUCCCUCAGCAGUACUGCUCAUCGUACAAGCAAAAUCCUCAGCAUGAUGCGUGUAUGCUCAGCAAACACCCACCACACAGGAAUGGGUUGUUCUCUGUACUGGCAAAACCCAGAGCCUACUGCCAGAAAGUAUCUGGAGAGCAAGGGAAAGCCUCAAACAGUUAUCAAUUCUGGGCACUGGCAGAGGCCCCUGAAAGAAUGCAAAGGAACAGAGACAAAGGGUGCUCUGCAUCUGGGAACCAGGCUUGUGAUCUGGAGAGGCUACUUCAGAUGGAAGAAGCACAGCAGCUGCAAAUUUUCCAGAAGCUGCCCAUGUCAUAUUUCCCCCCCUCAGAGGCUCUAGAGAACAGAAACUCCCCUCUCUGCACCUUGCAGGGCCAUCUGUUGGAACAGUCCAGCCCUGAGCCCUGGGCCUUCCCACGAAUGAAGUUGUACUGAAAGGCUGUGGGGAACUCCAUUUCUGAAUGAGGCGGGCUUGGAAAAGGAAUGAGUGCUAGGUUGAUAGAACAGGAGAACCAAGGUUAUCACUUAGAAGAGGUGUUUGCUGCUUUUUAUUAAAAAUCACAUCUCUCAUUUUGUUCUGCAAUUUCUUCUUUUUAUUUCUUUAAAGCACAUUUAUUUUGGAACACUCAUAGAUACAAAACGUUCCUCUUUCUCUUCUGGGUAUGACAACCUAUGUUUUAUCCAUAUUCCAUACCCAAGAUGACACACAAUAAUUUUACCUGGCUCCAUUAAAUUACUGUAUUUCAACAAAGUAAAACUUUCUUUCUUUGUUUUUGAGGGAAGGAACUUCAUCCGGGUCUCAGAAUUCUUUUUUGCUUGUGUUGGAAUAAAUCUGAAUCAUAAAAUUUGAAUGUCAUUUUUUUUUUUUACUAAACUGCUUUACUAACUGGUUUGAUUUAGAUUAUGCUUGUAAUGUUCUUCAUGCUUCCAGUCCAUAUGAGCUGCAUCCUCUUGGGAUUGUGGACUGUUCUUUUGCAUACAUUGUUUUGAUUUUUUUAAACAAUGUUAGUUGUGUAACUUUACACAGUAAUAGCUUUUGGAUAGGAGGAGGAAAUUCUUAAUGUUCAUUCCAUAAACAAACAAGGCACAUUGCAAUAUGUAGUAUUUGUUUAAUGAGGAAUCCUUGAAGUAAACUUAUUUUAAAAGUUAAGUCCUGUCUCACUAACACUAAGAAUUUUUUGAGAAUGUCAGCAAGCAUAUAGAUAGAGGUGAUCCAGUUGACAUUGUAUAGUAUACUAAGACUUUCAAAAAGCUCACCAAAGGGUCCUGCAAGCUUAGUAGUCGUGGAAUAAGAGAAGAGCUCCUCUUACGCAUCAGUAACUGGUUAAGAAAGAGGAAGUAUAGAGUAAGAAUAGGACAGUUCUCCCAAC